CUGGUCGACGAUCCAGCCAUACGCUGCCAAGCGCAAGGGCAAUGUGCUGCGCAAACGCGACCAGCCGCGCGUGGUGGCCAUCAUGGAGGUGCCGCACGAGAGCCUGCGGGCCAUCUUCGACCGGGUGGCGGCUCAUCCGGCUCGUGACCAGCUCGGAUGCGCGCCCAGCGGCGCCCGAGUUCGACAUCACGUGGGUGCGCGAUGCCAACGACCCGAAUGCCGCCUGCGCUGACCGACGACCAGGUCGCGCAGGAAAUCGAGGAUGUGUACUGCGACCCGGGCUUCCGCGACGGCCUGCUGUUCAAUGCCUCCAGCGACCGUCUGCCCGCACGGCUCAACGCCGACCCGCCGGCCUGGCUGCGCGUCACCGUGCGGAUCCCGGAGCCCGACAGCAAGUUCUCCAUCAGCAUCCGUGCAGUCAACGCAUCUGGCUACGAGGUCGUCAGCAUUCUGCCCGGCCCGCGCCUGAGCUUCCGCGGAACCAACUCGGCCAGCUUUGUGAUCCGGCCAUUGAUGCCGGGCCAUUUCACGCUGCAUUUUGCCGCUGAGGGCGCCCAUGCCCGGUACUACCAUCCGAUCCCGUCGCGGACGCUGGUGGUCGAGGGUGCGUUUAUGCGCCAUACCGUGCAGGUCGGCUGGCGCAAGGAGGCCGAGCGCCGCGCCUGGUACAUGUUUGGCAUGGACUCCAAGCAGACAAAGGCCAUGUGGGCCCGCUGCCUGAAGACUGCCGUCAAGCAGGCUGCUGGCUCGGACUCUGCCGAUAGCGCGGUCAAGGCGCUGACAAAGGACGGCGACCAGGUUGUGUCUGGCCUGGAGCUGGUCACGAUGAUGGGUGGCUCGCUGUGAAUGCGAUAAAAAUACAUAAUGAUGCUUUGGCUGCGAAGUGCAUACACUUAAUCUCGCCCUACUCCGUUAAACCUCCCAUCC